AUGACGUCACGGGAUUGUUGUGACGACAUUGAAGCAGAUCCACUUUUCAGAUGGACACUCCCCACCAGGGGGCGAGUAGAAGGGCCCUGCAGCUUGCUGCCCACCCCCCCCUCCUUCUUCUUACCUGGGCUCUUCCCCUCUUCCAGCCAGAAGCUGCCUGGUGAAUACUUCCGGUACAAAGGCAUCCCGUUUCCAGUCGGCAUGUACUCACCCGAGAGCCUCAGCCUGGCCGAGAACACCAACAAUGUGCGGGAUGAGGACAUCUUUAUUGUCACCUACCCCAAAUCAGGUACCAACUGGAUGAUUGAGAUCCUCUGCUUAAUCCUGAAAGAUGGGGACCCCUCGUGGACCCGCUCUGAGCCCAUCUGGCAGCGUGCACCCUGGUGUGAGACCAUCAUAAGCGCCUUCAGCCUCCCAGACCGGCCCAGCCCCCGCCUCAUGAGCUCCCACCUCCCCAUCCAACUGUUCACAAAGGCCUACUUCAACUCCAAGGCCAAGGUCAUUUACUUGGGCCGGAACCCCCGGGACGUUGUGGUCUCGCUCUAUUAUUACUCUAAGAUUGCAGGGCAGUUGAAAGACCCUGGCACGCCUGACCAGUUCCUUCAGGAUUUCCUCAAAGGAGAAGUGCAGUUUGGCUCCUGGUUUGACCACAUCAAGGGCUGGAUCCGGAUGCGGAGCCGAGAGAACUUCCUGUUCAUCACCUACGAGGAGCUGCACCAGGACCUUCGAGGCUCUGUGCAACGCCUCUGUGAGUUCCUGGGCCGGCCACUGGGCGAAGAGGCCCUGAGCUCUGUAGUGGCCCACUCGGCUUUUGGUGCUAUGAAGGCCAACACCAUGUCUAACUACACACUGCUGCCGGCCAGCCUCUUGGACCACCGCCAGGGGGCGUUCCUGCGCAAAGGCAUCAGCGGUGACUGGAAGAACCACUUCACUGUGGCACAGAGUGAGGCUUUCGACCGCGUCUAUCGAGAGCAAAUGCGGGGACAGCCGAGCUUCCCCUGGGACACGUCUGCAGAGGACACCGGCCCUGAUGACGAGCCUGACCCCGAGCCCAACCCUGGCCCCCGUGCAGCCUCUGAUGACCUGAACCCGGGAUCCUCACAAGAAUAAACGUGUCGUUCCAAU